GCCUCCAAUGAGCGGUCGUUGCGGACACUGGAGUUGACCCGAGACUGUGCGGCACUCAAUCCAUCCAAUUAUACCAUUUGGUACUUCAGACGACUCGUCAUUCAAGAGUUGGGCUCCGAUUUGAGGGGCGAAUUGGAUUACAUUAAGUCCGUGAUUGUGGACAACGCGAAGAACUAUCAGGUGUGGCACCACAGGAAGUGUAUUGUCGAGAACGUUAAGCAGCAGAUUGUGGACAAACACACGGCCUCUGGUCAUAAGGAUCUGAUGGAAAAAGAGUUGUCUGAUUUGGUGGACGAAGAGAAACGAUUUGUGGCGCUUAUGAUAAGACAGGACUCAAAGAACUAUCACGGAUGGCAACACAGACAGUGGGUUAUCAAUGACUUCAAACGCUUUGAAGGGGAACUCGAGUACACGAGCGAACUCAUGGACGAUGACAUCCGCAACAACAGCGCCUGGAAUCACAGGUAUUACGUGAUCUUCAAUACGACUGGUUUCGUGGGUCCGGUCCUCGAGUCGGAGAUCAAGUUUACGUUAGAGAAGAUAGUGUUGGCGCCAAAC